AUGGCGGCAGGCACACGAGGCAGGAGGCGCCAAGAUGGAGUCCUUGCAUGGCGGAUGCUCAGACUUCACGGAGGGGUCGUCAGACGAAGAUGGGGGAGACUCCAUGCUGACCCCCUCACAGGACCACCAUACACAAAGGCCCCCACGUCAGUGACCAUGGAAGUAAUCGGAGAUCUAAUGGCGGCUCACCAUAAGAAGAUUUCAGCCGACGUGGCCCUAAUCAGGGAUGAAUUCAAAGGCAUUACAGACAGGCUGAGAAAGAUGGAGUUCUCCUCUGACAGCCACACCAACCAGAUCAUGGAUCUGCAGGCAGCGAUCAAAGAUCUGCAACAAAAAACCCUGCAGCAAGAAACCCUAAUGACCGCCCAAGAAGACAGGUACCGCCGAAAUAAUCUCAAGCUUAGGGGUGUCGCGGACUCCAUACCGGAGGCUGAACUACCGCAUCUUAUCAGACGACUCCUGACAUGGCACUGA